CCAUUCGAAAGUAGAAUAUCGCUUGUCAUUAACAGAAUAAAAAGAAAAUAAAAGAAAAGACAGAAUGAGCCAAUUUCGAAGAGGCAGCACUGCAAGAGAAGUCGGUCGAAGAAGAGCAUCAAGUCUGCCAGUCGAUGGAUUCCAUCUAUUUCUUCAAGAUGAAUGGGACUCGACCAAGGAACUUUGUUUGGAUAGUUCCUGGAACAACAUUUACAUGACCAUCGCCGCCAUGUGGUCGACGACAGCUGAAGAGAUCAAGAAUAGAUACAGACAAAAGGCAGCUCAAUCGAACCAAUCAGCUUUGGGGGAUGACUAGACAUGUCAACCAUGGAAAUGAGAUGUUCCUAGCUGUGAAAUCGAAGGUUUGGUUCCCCGGGAUGGUUUCCUUGGUCGCGUCUAGAAUCGAUCGUGAUAUAAUAAUGUCGAUGGUCAUUUUCAUGCGAACAGUCCAGAUCUGAUAUGAGUAGUAGCAGUAAGCUAUUCAAUACCCAAAAUACUUUGAAUGACCCCUAGGAGUUCGAAUGUGGAA